AUGGCAGUCACCCUCCCGAACCGCGGUUAUGAUCUUCGCACGUCGUCCCUUCGCCGACGACAAUGUACGCUUCCGUGCCACAUCAUCGCCCUCCUUGCUUACGCCAGCUUCCUUGCAGCUCCUUCUCGCGCCGCCCCAUCUCCUUACCUCCCCGUCGAAGCGCGCAACCAGCUGCUACUCCCUGGCGCUUCUUCCAGCCAUCACGGCGGAUUUCCCGGGGCGCACUUGCCCGCGCGGCGCGAGGACCUAAGUCUGAAGAUUAACUACACCAACGUGUACAUGUUCUGCUACCGCGAGACCUACGCGCGCAUGCCGCCAACCAAAAAAUGCGCGAAAAGGUUCCGCGGGAUCGGACCGAUGUGCUUGCCGCAACAGUCGAUAUCCACUGCUCCUGUCCCUCCCCACCCUUCCCCUCCCCCUUUCCCCUUCCCAUUCCCCACCUCCACCUACCCUCCCUGGCCUCCAUAUGUGAUUGCGUGCAUUUCCCUCACCUCUCCAUCCUCCACUGCCCCUGUCCGUGUGCAUACGCAGCUGCCCGGCGCUAGCUCAAUAACGUUUCUGACGUACAAGGUCAAGCUGCCGGCGAUCGACCCGUAUAUUGACCCCGCCUUUAAGAUAUCAAAGCAGCUGAGCAAAUGGUGGAAGAAAAUCUUCCCACCAAUGCUGUCCCACCUGAAAAAGAGAUCGGAUUUUAAUAAUAUUGCCCAGAAAACCAUUGCCAGCCGGACUCUCACUGCUCUGUUCAUCGCAAGCUAUGCCAAGCCUGCUCAGGGGAAUGACCGGAGCACAAUUACCUUUGUGGAUCCUGGAACAGAGGACAAGGAAGCAGCACUGAAAGAAUUCAAAAACUCACACUAUGUGAUAUCAGAGCAUGCGUUCAAGACAGGGAAAGGACUGGUGGGGACGCUGGGGUUUUUGGAUUUCACGAUUAAUCUGGAGAAUGCUGCUAAGCUUGACCCAUCAGGAGUCAUUGAUUUUAUGCUGCAGUUUGGCCACAUGCCAUGCGGAAAAGGCCAUGGAUUCGCUCCUGCACCCAUGGCCACCAAUUUUCCAUUUGGCGAAACCUUGGAAUAUCAGUACCCUGUCAAGGCAGUGGACUGCUUGAAGCUCUGUAAAGUCAACACCAAGUGUGCUCUUGCUGUCACGACAUGGGGCAACGAGUGCUGGCUCAAGUCCAGCAUCGGCGACCCGGUUACUGCAGAGACUUAUCAGGCUUUCAAGAAGCUGUAG